AUGCGCAACAUUGUCAAUCUGGGGAUUUUCGGCAAGGGCAAGACCUCUUCUCCCAACUGUCCCCCUGAUGACCCAUCGAUCUCUUGCACCAAACCGUUGCCAUACAAAAGCUCCAGCAAGCGAAAAUCCGGGUCUGAUCUUGCUUUUUCUGAGAUGACGUUUUUUUCAAACCCAUUCUCACAAAAGAGUCAUCCUGGGAAUAACCCUCGUCCAGCGCUCGCCGAAAAGACCUUGUUCAACCAUAGUGAUAAGCAUCAAGUUCCGACCAACCCGUCCGAGGCCGAGAUACUAUCCACACAGAUUCCGCCCAUCGUGAUGGAGCGAGAGGUCUCCAACUCGCCGCCGCCGCCUCCCCUCGAUUAUUUCAAAGACCUUGCCCAUCGGGGUCCACCAAAGAGUGACGUGUUUGAAGAUGCUCACGUCGAACAUGCCCAAGAGCCUCACUCACUCACUUCUCCAUCAAGAGACCCCGGUCAAAUUUCAAAUCAUCAAUCUAAAGUUGACAUCUUUUUCAAAUUGGGGCGACGAAAGAGAACCUCCUCCCGGCGACCCUCAAACGGACAUGAGGCCUCCCUGGAACCUCCAAACAAGAGGGGGAGAAUAUCGAAAAGGUCAUCCUCGACUCUUUACACAUGGAGCGAGAGUGAGAAGGGCCACCCAGGAGAUGAUCACGCCCUCGAGCAACACCUGCUUGCCCUGAUGCAUGUCGGGCUGAACCGCGAAGAGAUAUCGCGUGCAAAUUCACUCCCAUGCUUCUCGGACAAAUAUUGGAGUUUACCAGAGUUGAAAACUUUGCUACACGAGAGGAUGGGGCUGUGGUCGGAUGAGCUUGAUCAUACAGGCCCGACCCAGCAGAUACCAGACCCGUCGAUCCAGUCACUAACACCAAACUCGUCUGCCCGGGGUGGCUCUGGUCUGUUCAAUGUUGGCAGCAUACGUGAAAAGGUUUUCGGCAGACUUUCAGGCCAAAAGACCGCGUCUGAUACCAGCUGCGAUAUGUGUAGUGAUAUUUCCCAGACAAGUUCUACUCCAUUCACAAAGCCAAAUGCCGCGUGCACAGCUGAGAACGAACAAGGCAGUGAUGAGCAUUCGCCACAGCAAGUACCUAGCGAGAGAAACAGGUCCCAGGAUGUCCUGAAUGAUAAUGAUGCUAUAUUCAUUCCUGAAGAUGGAGCGAAUGAUCCACACGACUCUGCUUUGAUGCCGACCGAGAAGUUACGACCACUCACAUGUCCCGUUGACUUUCAUGACAUCAAUCAAGUCGAAGACGACGAUUUGUUCUAUCAAACACUGGAUGCGGCCUUUAACAAUAUUAUGGCCCCGAACCUUCAGAAAAUAGCUGCUUCACGUCUGCAGAGACAUUCAUCGGGGAUGAUGACACACCAGGCUAUUGAGCAAGAAUUGGAAGACUAUGCCGUUUCUCUAGCAAGAUUGAGCCCGACCUGCCAUGGCGCCGAGAAGGACCAAGGGGGAGGGCAUCCGGCCAUCUCAGUGGCAGAUAAUGAGUGCACAAAUACAGGAAUACAAGAGACAGACCGAGCCGAGUCUGAUUCAAAAGCCAUUGAGAACGAACAUCAUGGUACCGGCUCCAAGACGCCCUGGAUGGUUGAAGGACAGCCCGGGUUGAGUUCUUCAACAGCGAACCAGACUGGGCAGAGAAAUGACUCGAUGCUAGCUGGAUUUUGGCGGAAGAACAGACUUUACUGA